AUGUCCAAGAACCGUAGACAAAGCAGUGUUCCCUCUACGCAACAGCAGACCGCUCCGGUACCAAUUACGCAACCAACGGACUCGUACAUUCCAUCAUAUCUAGCGGCCCAAGUUCCUGAACUGACGUCUUACAAGCAGCUUUUGGAAGCCGAAAAGAAGAUCGAUCUUUACAUCAGCCGCAAAAAAAUUGAUUUAUUUCAGUCGGUGUCACAAUGGACCAAUCUCAGACAGAAUAAUGAGGAAAAACAAUACCUGCGUAUUUUCGUGUCAAAUAUCGCUGAAAGCCAACCUUGGCAAGACCAUGAGGGUGGUUUCCCACCUUCGUGGACUCUUCGAGUCGAGGGUCGAAUCCUGGAUUCGAAAGACGUUGGUGAACCAGAUAGACCAAAAUUUAGCACAUUUCUGCAAGGCAUAGCAGUAGAUUUCAAGGAAGUUCAAAACGGUCAAGAUACUGGCUCAAACGGUCCAAAUGAACCAGCAAAAGAUACCUUCCAACAACAAGAGCAUCAACAAUCGCCACAGGAUCAGCAAAAUCGUGAAGGCAGUUUGCCUUCGAUCGUGGAGUGGCACUACGAUCCUGCCAACCCAGCAGAUUUCGAUGGCCUGGAUAUAAAGCGGGAGGGAUCCGAAAACAUUGAAUGUGCCAUCGUUAUCCAGCCAAGGGGUACCACAGGUGAAUGGAUCCAAUUUUCACCUCAGCUUGCGUCCAUCAUCGGUACUUCUCGUGGCACCCUACAUGAAGCUGUCUAUUCGCUGUACAAAUACAUUCUGCUGAAUGAUUUGCUGAGUGAUGAAGACCCAAGUGGGGCGACGGCUUCGCAGCCUGCCCAAGGCUCGAACAAUAACAACAAAAAUAAUAACAACAAUAACACAAACGGCGAGAGAACAUUUGUCAAAAUCGAUAAAUAUCUCGCAGGGCUUUUCGCAGAAGAGCGCAGAAGUAUGAAACUCGCAGAAAUUCCUGCUAUUGUUAAUAGACAUGUUUCCCCGUUACCACCGGUUCGUAUCAGCUACACGAUUCGCGUCGACAAAGCCUCCACAUAUGGUGAGACUGUGCUAGACAUCGAGGUGCCUGCAAAGGCAGACGAUGAGGUGACUCGCCAAGGCAUGUCGCUACUGUCGGAGUUGAACCAGCUCAGCACCACAUUGGAGCCCCAGAUGCAGAGGCUCAACCAGGAACUAAAUUUACUUCAAUUGCAGCUCAACUCUAGUGCCAACAAGUGUCAGUUUUUCGCGAAACUCGCAGAAAAUCCAGUACCCAUGCUAGAAGAGUACAUCGAAUCGUCGUCCAGGGCUUUGAAAGUCUUGAGUGGCGAUGACGGCUUCAAUGAAGACACCGUGAGACGUGCCAACUUCUACAAAGAAAACGAAAACAUGCUGUUCGAAAACCUCGGUGUGCUACUGUCUAAUGGUCGUAUGUGA